CAACAAAGGAUAGAACAUUUAAAAUUAUAAAUCAUUAAUAUUAAGAGAAAGUAGUUUAUAACUAUAAAAGUAGAACCAUUAUUCCCGCCCAAAUCAACAUAAUACCCUGUAUUGAUUGAGAACCCAACAGCAACAAGGGAGUAACAUUCUGGCGUCCCAGGGCAAUUGAUUCAGAAGUAGAAUGGAAGAUGAGCAGGAGAAUAUUAGAGGGUUUCUGGUCGAUCACUGUUCCGAUCAACUCUCUUCUAUCCUCCUUUCCCCUGAUACUCGUCUUCAUUAUCCUCUCCUUCUCGAAUUUGCUGAGUUACUGGAUUCCAAUCCUAAGCUCGCUAAUUCGGUUUUUAAUCAGCCGGCUUUGUAUCUGCCAAAAUUCGAUAAAGGAGCGAAGGAAGCUCAGGAAAUAUUGCGCAAGGAAUUAAAAAGUUUGAGGAAUGCAAGUGUGAAAGACUAUGUGCAUGUUCGGAUCAAUAUUUGCGGUUCUCCUCUGGAAUUUCCUGAAACAUUUCCAAGCAUUGGUCGAGUGAGAGUGAAACAUCGAGGGAUCCUUCUCACUCUUAAAGGGACUGUUAUUAGGUCUGGAGCAAUAAAGAUGGUGGAAGGUGAUAGGACGUUUGAGUGUAGAAGAUGCAAACACAGGUUCAAAGUUUCUCCAGAGCUGGAAACUGGGAAUUCUGUACCCAAGCCAACGUUUUGUCCCUCAGAGAAGCAGAAGUAUUGUGAGAGCACCAGUUUCAAGCUUCUGGAAGAAAACAUAGUAUGUCAUGAUUACCAGGAGAUAAAAAUUCAAGAAAGUACGCAAGUCUUGGAUGUUGGUGCUAUCCCUCGUUCAAUUCCUGUUAUUCUGAAAGAUGAUCUUGUAGACAUUGUUAAAGCUGGAGAUGAUGUGAUCGUCACAGGAAUUCUUACAGCAAGAUGGUCCUCGGAUAUGAAGGACGUCCGCUGUGACCUUGAUCCUAUACUAGUUGCAAAUCAUAUGAGAAGAACAAAUGAGCUGAAGUCCGAUGUAAAUAUCCCAGAUGAUACUAUUAUGGAAUUUAAGAAGUUCUGGUCGGAGUUUCGAGAUACCCCUCUAAAAGGAAGAAAUGCAAUUUUGAAAGCUAUAUGCCCACAAAUUUUUGGACUCUUUACAGUAAAACUUGCAGUUGCACUGACACUUAUUGGAGGCGUGCAGCAUGUUGAUGCAUCCGGUACAAAAGUCCGAGGAGAGUCUCAUUUGCUACUAGUUGGUGAUCCAGGUACAGGGAAGUCCCAGUUCUUGAAAUUUGCAGCUAAAUUGAGCAAUAGAUCUGUUAUUACGACUGGCUUGGGGAGCACUAGUGCUGGAUUGACUGUUACAGCUGUUAAAGAUGCAGGAGAAUGGAUGCUCGAAGCUGGGGCCCUGGUGUUAGCUGAUGGUGGACUUUGCUGCAUAGAUGAAUUUGAUAGUAUGAGGGAACAUGACAGGGCAACUAUACACGAGGCAAUGGAGCAGCAGACCAUUAGUGUUGCAAAGGCUGGUCUUGUAACUACUCUCAGUACACGGACAAUUGUAUUUGGUGCAACAAAUCCCAAGGGACAUUAUGAUCCUGAACUAUCACUCUCUGUCAACACCACACUAUCUGGACCCUUGAUUAGCAGAUUUGAUAUAGUUCUAGUCCUACUAGACACGAAGAAUCCAGAAUGGGAUGCAAUUGUUUCAUCUCACAUUCUUGCAGAGGCUGUUGCAGAAAAAGGUUCUGACGAAAAUCUCCAAGGUAUUUGGACGCUUACGAUGCUUAGAAGGUAUCUUCACUAUGUAAAAGCUUCUUUCAAGCCAGUUCUUACAAAGGAGGCCGAAAAAGUAAUCUCGAGCUAUUAUCAGCUCCAAAGAAAAUCAGCAGCUCAAAAUGCAGCAAGGACAACUGUGCGGAUGCUUGAAAGUUUGAUAAGACUGGCUCAAGCACAUGCAAGGCUGAUGUUCAGGAAUGAAGUCAUUCAGCAGGAUGCCAUUACAGCCAUCUUGUGCAUUGAAUCGUCCAUGACUACCUCUGCUAUAGUUGAUAGUGUUGGAAAUGCGCUGCACUCUAAUUUUACUGAAAACCCUGAUCAGGAAUAUGUCAAGCAAGAAAGGACGAUCCUUAAAAAGCUGGCUUGCGGGGAAGAAGAGUCAGACUGACAUAAUACUUGCUGCAAGAAGGAUAGGUACCAGAGACUCUUUGCAGGAACAUCACCAAGUAAUAUGUUUAUAUUACUAAAUAUUUGAAUUUUUGACUCGGCCGCUAUAUCUUGUCAAGGCUGUAAAUUGAGCUACCAGGUUAAUCAGAUUUUUUUUAAUGUUGCUUAAUUAGUCUGUGACAGGGUAAUAGAUAUUCAAGUUGGCUCUGGUAUAUUUUGAGAACUUCCAUGUAAUAUAACACUACUGAAUGAAAAGAGUUGUUUUUGGCAGGAUUG